AUGGAUUCCUUUAAAGGUGGAAUGAAUUUGGAGAGACUGCCCGAGAGCUUGAGACCCCAACCCUCCCAUGACAUGGCUUCCAGCUUCCAUUUGCAAAGAUCCUCGGAGCCCAGGGACCCGAUCGAGAACUCGGCCAGUGAAUCCUCCGACGCGGAGGUGCCAGCCAAGUGGCGGAAGCGGGAGCGGAACCAGCAGAUGGACCUGUGCAAGAACGGCUACGUGCCGCAGUUCAGCGGGCUCAUGCAGCCCUACGACGACGUCUACGCCGGCUACCCCUACAACAACUGGGCCACCAAGAGCCUCACGCCGGCGCCGCUCUCCACCAAGAGCUUCACCUUCUUCAACUCCAUGAGCCCCCUGUCCUCGCAGUCCAUGUUCUCGGCGCCCAGCAGCAUCUCCUCCAUGAACAUGCCCUCCGGCAUGGGUCACUCCGCCGUGCCGGCCAUGGCCAACUCCGGCCUCAACAACAUCAACAACCUCGGCGGCUCCUCGCUCAACUCGGCCAUGUCGUCGCCGGCGUGUCCCUACGGGCCGCCGGGCUCGCCCUACAGCGUCUACCGGGACACUUGCAACUCCAGUUUAGCCAGCCUCAGACUGAAAUCAAAGCAGCACUCCAGUUUCGGCUACAGCAGUUUGCAAAGCCCCGGCUCCAGUCUAAACGCCUGCCAGUACAACAGUUGA